AUGGCAUCCCUACCGGACUCCUACGAAAAGCUCAACUUCCCAACCCUCCUCAUCUCUCACCACCCGCCAUCGUCACCAUCUCCCACGCCCAUCAUCAUCGUCAAACUCCACCGCCCCUCCCACCGCAAUGGCUUCACCGACAUCAUGGCCGACAACCUCGUCACCGUCUUCAACACCCUCUCCCUGGACCCCCGUGUAAAAGCCAUCGUCCUGACCUCCUCUGACGCCCAAAACAAGAUGUUCUGCGCAGGAAUGGACUUCUCCUCCCCGCAAGGCGUCUCAACCACCGCCGAGCUCCACCGCGACGGGGGCGGCCGCAUCUCCGUCGCCAUGUACAGAUGCAACAAGCCCGUCAUCGCGGCUAUAAACGGACACGCCGUCGGCGUAGGCAUCACCAUGACUCUCCCCGCCAAUAUACGCAUCGCUAGUUCCGAGGCCAAAAUCGGCUUCGUCUUUGGAAGACGCGGAUUCUGUCUCGAGGCGUGCAGUAGUUUCUUCUUGCCGCGGCUGAUUGGGACGUCCAAGGCUUUGCACUUGACUACUACGGGGGCGGUUUACCCUGCUAGUCAUAAGUUGUUUGACGGACUGUUUAGUGAGGUUGUUGCUCCGGAGGAGGUGUUGCCUACGGCGCUGAAGAUUGCGGAGGAUAUUAGUGUCAAUGUGAGCAAUGUGUCGUCGAGGGUGAUGAAGGAUUUGAUUUACAGGGAGACGAACUCGCCUGAGGAGGCGCAUUUGUUGGAGAGUAGACUGUUCCAUGGCCUGUUUAGGGGUAAGGAUGCGAAGGAGGGUGUUGACAGCUUCAUGGAGAAGAGACAGCCCGAGUUCAAUGGAAGUAUUGAAGAUGGCCUGGCUUACUAUCCGUGGUGGACGCCGGUUGAUGUCAAGCCGCCUGCCAAAUUGUAG